AUGGAUGUGCACGCAUACGAAGAAGAAGACUUUGGUGUGGAGAACCAAAAUUCCACCAGUUUUGGCCAGAAGUUUAAGAAAGGAUUAAAAGACAACCUUUUUACUAUCCUAACACUUAUCGGUGUGGCCAUCGGCUUCGGCAUUGGUUUUGGAGUGGGCACAACGCAACCCUCCAAAACGGCAGUCACAUGGAUUGAAAUGCCGGGAAAGAUAUACAUUCGAUUGCUCCAACUCACUAUUUUGCCGAUCAUUGCCUCAAACAUCAUUGUUGUUACGGGAGGGAUUGAUCCCCGAAAAAACGGCAAAAUGGGAUUGGCCGGACUCCUGUUCAUACUCGGUUUUGACAUUAUCAGUGGCGCGAUUGGUGUCAUUAUUGCCGUUCUCAUUAAACCGGGUUUGUCAACGUCAAUUUCAGUGAAUGAAACAGUGGAAGAACCAGGACCGGAUGAUGCUCCUGUUUUGACAUCUGACGUAUUUGCGGAUCUCUUCUUAAAUAUGUUCCCAGACAACAUAGUUGGUCUUACACUCUACCAGACAAAAACCAUACGUCGGUGGCCCUAUUUUCCCGUCAAAAAUGUUACGGAAUCAGCAAGUACCCGCCUUGAAUCGACCGAUAUGAUAGGACUCAUAUUCACGACGAUAGCUUUUGGCAUCGCCGCUGGGGCUGCUGGCGAAGCAGGAAGAGUUUUCAUCGACUUCUUUGAGUCCCUUGGCAACGUUGUUCUCAUUCUUAUGCGUUGGUUCUUGCAGAUUACACCGGUGGGCGUUUGCUUCAUGGUUGCGGGGGCUGUUGUGGAUCUGAAGGACGUAUCUGGCACCUUCCAGGGCCUUGGUCUCUUCAUGGCCACGGUGUUGGUGGCACUGGCUAUCCACAUGCUUCUGCAAAUGGCUGUCUAUGCCAUUGCUUCCUUCCGCAAUCCUUUCCGCCUCAUCAUAAUGGGUUCCCGGGUCUUCUUCCUAUCCUUCAUCACCACUGCGCCGGUGAUUGCCAUCCCUGAAAUGAUCGACACCUGUGAUCGCUAUGGACUGCAAAAGAAGAUCACUCGUUUCGUCAUCCCCCUCUCCACCGCUCUGAAAGGCGACGCCUCGGGUGUGUUUCAAGCCGUGGCCUGUGUCUUCAUAGCCCAACUCACAGGUUUCCAGCUGACUGCUGGAACCUAUGUGCUUAUUGCUCUCUUGACCGGAUUUGCGACUCUUGCCAUUCCCAACAUCCCAAGCUCGAGCAUCGUCAUCAUCAUAACAAUUUUAUCGUCGAUUGGAGUUCGAACCGGAGAGGUCUCUCUGUUGUUUGCAGUCGAGUGGCUCAUGGAUCGCUGCCGUUCGGGUUCGCUUGGUUUGGGACACUUGUUCGCUGCAGCGUUUACGCAUUCAGUGGCCGUGGGAAAGCGAACAGAAGGUGAGGUCGACGAGGAAAACGAAUUGCACGACUUUGAUGAGGACGAAUACCAAGUCGAGAAAUCGGAUUGA